UAACACUGGCAGGUUCAACUGCGGAUCUUCUGAGAAGAACACACACACACACGGUGCAGAGCUCAUCAUGAUGCUGCAGACUCAAGCUCUGCCCCCAAAACCAGCCCCGCCUUCAGUUUUAGCUGUAUCUGUACCUAUAGCCUCACCUCCACCUACAGACAUAGCUCCACCCAUGACUGUGGCUGUGGCCCCACCCAUAUUUCCCUCUUCUCUUACAAUUCUGCCUUCACUAACAGCCCCAGAUUUGGCUCCACCCACAGCCCCACCUACACCUUUAACCCUGCCUCAGCUCAUAGCCCUGCCUCCAGACACAGAUUUGUCUCCUUCCACAACUCCACCUCCACAUAGCGUCCCACCCCGAGCCUCAACACCUCCACAUAGAGUCCCGCCCCGAGCCUCAACACCUCCACAUAGAGUCCCGCCCCGAGCCUCAACACCUCCACAGGCUCUAACACUACCCUCUGCCUUGUCUUCUGCCAUAACACUACUGCCCCUCCCACCUGCUCCAGAAAGCCACGCCCUCAUUUUCAACCCCAAUCCCAUCCCCACUCCUUCAUCCUCCUCCACCUCUCAGUCUGCCCUAGAAACACAACAUCACUCGUCUGGUGAAUCCCUCCAUCCUCAGCAGAUGACUUUUGACCUGAGCCCUAACAUUGACCUCCACCUUGACCUCGACCCCCCAGUGGGUGGAGCUGAUCUGUGUAAAGGAGUUUCUGAUGAAGCAUCAGCUGUGUGUGUGUUCAGACUGUGGCCUGCGUGUCCGUCUCGCUUGGCGUUAAUUACAGCUCUGAUUCCAUUCUUCAUCAUCGUCAUCAUCACCAUUGUCACAGUGAGUUUUGUGUCUUUCCCGCCGAAAAUGAGAGACCACAGCGCCUCCUGUGACAUGAAGUGGAACUGCAGCCUGACAUCAGUGCCACCAUAUACACCUAAACUUCCUGUCAAUCAAACACUAAACAUUUCCUCAGACUGCACUGGUCUAGCAGGGGUCUUGGGACGGAUUGUGGGGGGGACCGUGGCUCGGCAGGAUCAGUGGGUGUGGCAAGCCGGUCUGCAGUGGAGGGGCCAGCACGUGUGUGGGGGGGCCAUAAUCACCUCAAACUGGGUCAUAACUGCUGCUCACUGCUUUAUGGAGUAUGACCUGAUGCUGGAAGCUGAUUGGCAGGUUGUGGUCGAUACACUCAUCGUGUCUGAUGUGUCACACGGUCAACGCUACAACACACUGCGCAUACACACACAUCCCAAAUACUCAAAACAAACCAAUGACUACGACCUCGGCCUGAUGCUCACACACACUGCCAUGAGGAUGGGGGACAGUGUGCGCCCUGUGUGUUUGCCGAUUGUUCCUCAGUCGUUCCCCAUCGGCUCGUCCUGCUGGGUGACCGGAUGGGGCUUCACACACGAAGGAGGCUCAGUGUCGGCUCAGCUCAGACAUGCGCAGGUUCACAUUAUUGAUCAGACAGUGUGCUCUGGUUCCUCAGUCUACGGUUCCUACAUCACUCCCAGAAUGCUUUGCGCCGGGGAAAUGGAGGGCGGAGUCGACUCCUGCCAGGGGGACAGCGGGGGCCCCCUGGUGUGCGAGACGGCUGAUGGGGAUUGGCGGCUGGCGGGCGUGGUCAGUUGGGGUGACGGAUGUGCACGACCGAAUAAACCUGGAGUUUACACACGAGUGACGUCACUACUGCAGUGGAUUAAACAACACACACAGGGCGGGGAAGCGGGCGGAUCAGUGGUCGUUCACACUGACAGCACAGUGGCACCUUAUUCACCUGUAUAGUGGGAAUGUUGUAUUAAUGUGUAUUACAGGUAUAAUCAGAUUUCACCUGGUGUGUGAAGUGGAACAGCAGGUAUGUUGUGUCCUGAACACUGGCACAGCCAAAAUGAUGAUAUUUAAUGUUUUAUAUUUUCUUUUAUUUAGAGUAUUUAAUGAUUGGCCAGUAGGCCUGAGUGAUCAUUUCAUUUUAAUAUUCUGAAUAAACACACAACUUUCCUGA